AAGGGAAGCCUGUGCACCCUGCAAGCUAGCCUGGCCCCACGCUCGCAAGGAGCAGCACCGCACAAACCUCCUCGGCAGAGAAAGGCCGCUGUGCCUUUCCAGGGGCAGAGCCGGAGGCGCGGCAGGGAGGAGGGGCGGGGCAGAGCAGAGAGACCGAGGAGGCGGGAAGGCGGCAGGGGCUGGCCACAGAGAAGGAGCAGGCAGGGCGAGAGGCUGCUGCGGCUGGGCUCGGCAUGGUGCUGCUGGUGGUGAUGGGAGUGAGCGGCUCGGGGAAAUCCACUGUUGGGUCACAUCUGGCAGCUAAGCUGGGAUGGAAAUUCUAUGAUGCUGAUGACUAUCAUCCUACAGAGAACACAAAGAAAAUGGCACAAGGAAUACCACUAAAUGACCAGGACAGGAUUCCAUGGCUUUGCAAAUUACAUGACAUAUUAAUGAGAGAAGAAUCAGCUGGACAAAGUGUGAUUCUGGCCUGUUCGGCUCUGAAGAAAAUGUAUAGACACAUAUUAGUAAGUGGACGGGAUGUUGUGUAUUCUAAGGGUGAUCAGCUAGAGGAACAAGGAGAUUCUGCCACAGGGAAGGUCCUUUUUAUCCAUUUGGAUGGAUCUAUGGAACUCAUCGCCAGACGCCUGGAGAAGAGGAGAGGACACUUUAUGGCACCCGAACUACUACAGUCUCAGUUUGAUACACUAGAGCCUCCGUCAGCACCAGAAAACUUUAUCACUGUGAGUCUGGAAAAGUCUGUUUCUGAAAUAGUGUCUGAAAUUGAGAAAUCUCUUCACUUAAAGAAAUGCUUUUCCAGAGCAGUCUCUGAAUUAGAUGCACGUUAAUACUUUUAACCAUGUCAUAUUUGUGGAACAGCAUUUUGCUUGCUUUCUCAAGUUAACCAGCAUGGUUUGCAGUAUUAGCUUCAUUGGCUUGACAUACUUUAAAGGGACUGGAACACUACUAUUACUGAUGUUUUCAUUAAGACCUGUUCAAAUCUGGAGAUACAGUUUUCAGAAGUGAAUGGUCUUUGCCUAACUCUUUGUUCAUUUAAAUCACAGGUGAAACUCCCAUUGGCUUUGAUAGAAACAGGAGCAGCUCAGCACCAAGUGCUUCUGACAAACCCACCCUAGGGAUUUAGACAGAACAUGAAAAUCUCAAUAAAUUUAGCUUUCACUUUUUUCCUGCCAAAACACAGAAAUUGGCCACAGUCAUCACUACUGAUAUUUAAGUGUUGAAUAGACACUUGAAAGGUGAACAUCCUUUUAAGAGGAGGCAGAGUUCUCUAAUAGUGCAGAGGGGCAGGAGCUGGGACAGCAGAGUUCAGGUCCUGACUCCACCAUUAGCUCCAUGCCUGAUCUGGAACAAGUCACAACCUCUCUGUCUGUGUCCUCAUCUGUGAAAAUAAUUGCCGACCUCACAGGGGUAUUGUGCGACUUCAUUGAUUCUGACUUAAACACCAUGAACUACUGUGGGAAAGAGAGGGCUAUGUAACUGCAAAGUAUUAUUCUACCUAAAUCUUUAACAAUAAACUAAGUAGCACUGUA